AUGGUUCUUAUGACGUCGACCAUCAUCGGUCGCCGGCCGGUUCAGAGUCCAGUUCCUUUGCUACCGAUCGAUCGAGUGACGAUCGACGAAGGGGUCGCCUCUGGUACGUUUGUUAGACGACCGGACGAGGUGGCUGAAAGCCGCUAUCGUUGCCACCUUAUAGCAAUCAGCUCCGAUUCGAAGUCAUCGUUUAUCCGCUGUCGUUGUUUGAAAGUCAAUUUGUCCACCGGUUUAACGGAUUGCUUCAUGUUGUCUUUUGACAACCAUCUGUUGCAGGUUUCUUUAACUCAAUCGUCAGUAAUCACCGUCCUCAUCACCUCGACUAAUUGUCAACUACGGAAAAUCCGACUGUACAUGCGAUUUCUGCUUCUUUGA